UAGCUAACGUUAGCCAGCUAGCAUUUCAAGCUGGACCUAUGAGCGUAAGAAAACACUUGAAACGCAGGCGCAUUCUGAAUUCAACAAAUAUCUAGCUAGUAGCAGCAGCUAGUGCUUUGAAAGCUCACGCUAGCCAACAUGCAAAUGGCUGACAGAGUAAUUUCGGCUGUUUCGGAUUAUCCCGAGUUGUAUAACAUAACUUUAAACUCGUACAAGGACUCACAGAGAAAGGCAAGGGCAUGGAGGGCUGUAAGUCUGCAAGUGGAAAUGCCUGGUAAGGACAGCUUGCUGCUAGCAAGACAACCUUAGCUAGCUAACUCGUAAGGGUGAGGACUAGAUGGUAUCAGCUACGAAGAGAAUUUACUUUUCGUAGCAGGUUAGGAUAAUUCAUGUAUCAGGUUAGAAUAAUUAGGUUAAGGCUUGGACAAUUGUUUGGUUUAGGGAUAACUAAAAAUGGAAAAACUCCCGAAACGACAUGAUUUUGUGAAGAUUUAGACGGUAUUUGCGUCACUUCCGUCCGUAGCAGUACAGCAUCUAGCCACAACCGCAAGUAAGCUUGCCAACUUGCUAGCAACCUACUUGAACUGUGUUGUUGACCAAAGACCCAACUUUCUCUCACCUAGUAGGUAGCUAGCUACAUACAUAGCCAGCUACAUACUUAGCUAGCUACCUGCCAAUUGUUAUUUCCCUAAUAAAACAACAAUGUGAUCCCUGCAAUAAGGUAAAUUAGGAAUAAAUACAUGUUUACAUAAUAUUCAAGAAAUGGCAUGGUGUGUAAUUCCCUCAACCUUUGAUAGGUCAGAUUGAGAUUGCUCUAUUUGUGUAAGAUGCAGGUACCCUUACCCGUCUCCCCUCUUCUUUUUGUCUGACGUGUCAUUUGGUGUGUUCAGUUGAUGACUGUCAGAAGAAAUGGAAGAACCUGAGGGACACCUUUGUCAGAUUCAAGCGGGCUGAGCAGCAGAGGAAAGCCUCUGGGGAGCCAGAUAGUCACAAGAAGAACUGGAUGCACAGCAGGAGAAUGUCCUUCCUCACCCCCUUCAUCCAGGCCAAGGGCUGGCAAGGAGACACCUCAGGUGACUUGGAGGAUGAGGAAUGGGGAGAGGAUGAUAAGGAAAGGGAGAGGAACGGGGAAAGUGCCACAGAAGGCGUGGAUAAUAAAUCAGCCUUCAUUAUCCACGAGAUCGAGGGGGACCAGGCAGACGAUGAAGAUGCUCCCUCUCCUGACACUGCGUCGGGAUCCAAUGGGCCCAGCCAGAAGAGGAGGUGGCAGAUGGAUGGGAUGGAUGGAAUGGAGGACAUAGAGGACGAGAUGUUCUUCUUUAGUUUGCUCCCGUAUCUUAGGAAGCUCCCCCAUAGAAAGAAGAGUGCUGUAAAACUGAAAAUACACCAACUUUUACAUGAAGCAGCAUUCCAAUAACCCACUGCCCCGCCACGCCCCCUCCUUCCCUCAAUUCUGUUUCCACUAUUUUGUAAAGCAUAAGCCUACAUUUUGUCAUGUUACCAACUAUUAUUCUAUACUCAGUUUGAUACUAUGCCUGUUGUUUAUGGUGAUUGCAAGGUCAAUUGUUAACAAAUAAAUACUUUAUACAUUUGAGGGCCUGAACUGAUUGCUGUGUCUGCAAGCAAUUCUCAACUUGCUCAGGAUAAUGAAUCACUACUCCCUUCCCCCUGGACAGAUGUGGAGACUGUUGGCAAUGGUGAUGCUACCUGUUAAGCAAGGUUAAACAUUAAUAUAAGAUCUCACUAGCCAGCUUUGACACUGUUUUGCAUGCUUUUUAUACGUUUUUAACACAGAAGCAGAGAGGGGUACUUUUCAAUACUUACAAGGUGGUGGCAGUCACAGUCUCACUGAUUGUCAUAUAAAAAAAGUGUUAUUCUUUUCCCCCAGCCAAUGAGUGUUGGCUCACAUUCGUUUUCCCUGAGCUGCUUGGGAAGGUGCUCUGAACUGGUUUUAUAACAUCCCACAUGUCAGCAGCACUGUAGAGUCAAGGCCCCCAGUUACUUUUUACCAUAGCAGACAUAAACUUUAUCAAGGGCUAAAGGUCCUCUGGUUCACUUGGAAACUUAAACCAAAGCAGAAACUCAAAUCUCUAGCCAUAUUCAUCAUGUCCAUGCAGACACUUCUCUUCUUGACAGGGCUGGUUGCGCUGUCCAGUUCAUACACUGUAAGUACAGUAAAUACAUUUUAAUUAUGAUUGUGAAGAUGAUUACUAGACAUGUAAUGGUAGUGCUUAAAGGAAUAGUGGAAUUGAAAUGAUAGCAUAUUUGUUUCUCUUUGGGGGGACAGAUUCCUCUGUCAUCUCGUGUGCAUGGUAUGUCAACCAAAUAUCUUUACAUAAAGUCAAUUCUAAGUACAUCAAAAUUAUUCUACUUCCAUGUCUUGAUCUGAGCCAUGCUUUUUAUGUGCAGAGGUAUACGGAAAGGGUGAAGAUGAUAAUCCCUUACUUAACUUGGGUGAGUUUGAGGAACUUAACCUGAUGUUUGUAUGUGGUAAUUUUGAUUAAACAUUUCAUGUUUGAUGUUCAUGACAUGAAUAGUGAUCAAAUGUUGAAUUCAUUGUUUUCAAAUGAUAUUUGGCCUGACAGGGGCAGAAGAAGACUUGGUUGAAGGGGAUAUGCUCAUUCUGGUAAGAAACAGUGGUAUUAUUUUGCUAUAUGUUAUCAGAUAGCUGUUAUCACUUAAAAAAACAGAUUGUCCCUUGAUAAUCUUUAUGUCUUCCCUGAGUCCAGAAAGAUUCAGUCCAAUUAGUACAUGACUCCUUUUCCUCCUUUUAACAGCAAGGACGCAAUGCCUUGAUUGACACUAAAUACAGAUGGAAGUUUCCCAUACCGUACAUUCUGUCAGAUGACUUGGGUAAGUGCAAGUUGAAUUUGAUAUAGAGUCCAACUAAAAUUACUUGAAUUCAUUUAUUUACAUGCAACACAGCAUAAAAGGCACAAUAUCCAUUUAUUACACAGUAAGCCACUUGUGAUGUCUUAUCUUUGUUCUUCCUUGUCUUUCAGAUUUGAAUGCCAAAGGUUGUGUCCAUCAGGCAUUUGAAAUGUACCGUCUGAAAUCUUGCAUAGACUUCAAGCCCUACGAAGGCGAGAAGACAUACAUCAAGUUUGAAAAGAGAGGCGGGUAUGAGCUGAUUAUGUACAGAUUGUCCAACAACCAUUUAUUUUACACAGAUGCUCUACAGCUUUCAUGUAUACAUUCACCAGGACAGACUAAAUGAACAAAUCUCAGUCAAUUUGUUACGCAAAAUGAUUGCCUUCUUGCAUAACUGCUGCAUAGUUUUAACAUUCGACUUUAAACAUGUCCGCCCUCACACAUCCAUGUAACGCAACUUUGAACUGUGUUUGCCAGGUGUUUCUCCAGCGUUGGGGACCAGCAGAAUGGACAGAUCCUGUCCCUUGGCGAUGGCUGUGACCACAAGGCUGUGAUCGAACAUGAGCUCCUCCACGCUCUGGGCUUCUACCAUGAGCAGUCUCGCCAGGACAGAGACGACUACGUCAAGAUCUGGCUUGACCAGGUCACUCCAGGUCAGUAUCAGUCAGCCCUCUGGUUGAUGAGAGACAGCAAGGGUGGCUGAUCUUGGCCACAAAGGGCCAAGUGGAGGGUUUUGUUACAGCCUAGCACUAACACAGCUGAUUCACAAAAUGUGACUGUCUAGAUGCAAUAACAUUAUUAGUUAAGUGGGAACAUUUUAGUAUGACAUGUUUUGUAUUCUUUCUUGCAGGGCUGGAACAUAAUUUCAACAAAUACGAUGAUUCCUUCAUCACUGACCAGAACACCCCUUAUGAUUAUGAGUCUGUCAUGCACUACCGGCCAUACUCCUUCAACGUGGACCCCAACAUUCCCACCAUCACCACCAACAUCCCAGAAUUCAACAAUAUCAUUGGCCAGUACCUGGACUUCAGCAAACUGGACAUGCUGAGGUUGAACAGGAUGUAUAACUGCUGUAAGUGUUGUGAGACAGAGAGUAUUACCUAUUUUUCCUGACACAGCUGUGUGGCAGCGGUGUAGGAAAAUGUAAACUACUAGUUUUAAGAACAAGCUGAUCACCUCUCUGUUUUUGUCAAGUUAAAAUGUUCUAGUGUCAGAUGUGAUAAUGAAAUUAAAGUUGCUUCAUUGUGAUACACGUGCAAACGUGUCAACUGAGAUAUGCCCCUCCAUUUCCAGCCUCCCCUAUCACUCUCCUGGACCAGUGUUCCUUUGAGUACAUCAACAUCUGUGGGAUGAUUCAGAGCCCCACUGAUGAUGCAGACUGGGUCCACACCAAGAGCAGCACUGGGAACGAGGAUCACACUCUCAUUGGCCAAUGCAGAGGUCAGAGUUCAACGAUACAUAGCCUCAGAUCAACCACUUCUAGGAGUAGAUUACCAUAUCCCCAAUCCUAACCAUUAGAGUGAAGAGCUCUAACAGUAUGUGUGAUAUCUUUGUGGUCUUUUAGAUGCAGGUUACUACAUGCACUUCAACACUAAAACUGGGAAGGCGGAGGAGUCAGCUCUGCUAGAGUCUCGCAUCCUCUAUCCCAAGAGACACCUGCAGUGUCUGCAGUUCUUCUACAAGAUGACAGGCGGACCAAAGGACAGACUUGUGAUAUGGGUCAAGAUGGACGAUGGGACUGGGACAGUUCGCAAACUGAAGAAAAUGCACACUAUCUGGGGUAUUCAUUUUCAAAUAUACAAUCACUGAUACAGUUGAAGUCAGAAGUUUACAUACACCUUAGCCAAAUACAUUUAAACUCAGUUUUUAACAAUUCCUGACAUUUAAUCCUAGUAAAAACUCCCUGUUUUAGGAUCACCACUUUAUUUUAAGAAUGUGAAAUGUCAGAAUAAUAGUAGAGAGAAUGAUUUAUUUCAUCACAUUCCCAGUGGGUCAGAAGUCUACAUACACUCAAUUAGUAUUUGGUAGCAUUGCCUUUAAAUUGUUUAACUUGGGUCAAACGUUUUGGGUAGCCUUCCACAAGCUUCCCACAAUAGGUUGGGUGAAUUUUGGCCCAUUCCUCCUGACAGAGCUGGUGUAACUGAGUCAGGUUUGUAGGCCUCCUUGCUCGCACAUGCUUUUUCAGUUCUGCCCACAAACUUUCUAUAGGAUUGAGGUCAGGGCUUUGUGAUGGCCACUCCAAUACCUUGACUUUGUUGUCCAUAAGCCAUUUUGCCACAGCUUUGGGAGUAUGUUAGGGGUCAUUGUCCAUUUGGAAGACCCAUUUGCGACCAAGCUUUAACUUCCUGACUGAUGUCUUGAGAUGUUGCUUCAAUAUAUCCACAUAAUUUUCCUUCCUCAUAAUGCCAUCUAUUUUGUGAAGCGCACUAGUCCCUCCUGCAGCAAAGCACCCCCACAGCAUGAUGCUGCCACCCCCGUGCUUCACGGUUGGGAUGGUGUUCUUCGGCUUGCAAGCAACCCCCUUUUUCCUCCAAACAUAACGAUGGUCAUUAUGGCCAAACAGUUAUAUUUUUGUUUCAUCAGAUCAGAGGACAUUUCUCCAAAAAGUACGAUCUUUGUCCCCAUGUGCAGUUGCAAACAGUAGUCUGGCUUUUUUAUGGCGGUUUUGGAGCAGUGGCUUCUUCCUUGCUGAGCGGCAUUUCAGGUUAUGUCUAUAUAGGACUAGUUUUACUGUGGAUAUACUGUAGAUACUUGUUUCCUCCAGCAUCUUCACAAGGUCCUUUGCUGUUGUUCUGGGAUUGAUUUGGACUUUUCGCACCAAAGUACGUUCAUCUCUAGGAGACAGAAUGCGUCUCCUUCCUGAGCGGUAUGACGGCUGCAUGGUCCCAUGGUGUUUAUACUUGCGUACUAUUGUUUGUAUAGAUGAAUGUUCCCAAGGACGAACCAGACAUGUGGAGGUCUACAUUUUUUUUUCUGAGGUCUUGGCUGAUUUCUUUUGAUUUUCCCAUGAUGUCAAGCAAAGAGGCACUGAGUUUGAAGGUAGGCCUUGAAAUACAUCCACAGGUACACCCCCAAUUGACUCCAAUGAUGUCAAUGAAUUGUUUGUUAACAAGAAAUUUGUGGAGUGGUUGAAAAACUACUUUUAAUGACUCCAACCUAAGUGUAUGUAAACUUCAGACUCCAACUGUAUAUGUAUUGUUUAUCCUCUUCGUUUGAAACUUUGUUACAGUGAGGGAAAAAAGUAUUUGAUCCCCUGCUGAUUUUGUACAUUUACCCACUGACAAAGAAAUGAUCAAUCUAUAAUUUUAAUGGUAGGUUUAUUUGAACAGUGAGAGACAGAAUAACAACAAAAAAAUCCAGAUAAACGCAUGUCUGGCUCCCAGGUGUCUUUUAUACAGGUAACGAGCUGAGAUUAGGAUCACACUCUUAAAGGGAGUGCUCCUAAUCUCAGCUUGUUACCUGUAUAAAAGACACCUGUCCACAGAAGCAAUCAAUCAAUCAGAUUCCAAACUCUCCACCAUGGCCAAUACCAAAGAGCUCUCCAAGGAUGUCAGGGACAAGAUUGUAGACCUACACAAGGCUGGAAUGGGCUACAAGAUCAUCGCCAAGCGGCUUCGUGAGAAUGUGACAACAGUUGGUGCGAUUAUUUGCAAAUGGAAGAAACACAAAAGAACUGUCAAUCUCCCUCGGCCUGGGGCUCCAUGCAAGAUCUCACCUCGUGGAGUUGCAAUAAUCAUGAGAACGGUGAGGAAUCAGCCCAGAACUACACAGGAGGAUCUUGUCAAUGAUCUCAAGGCAGCUGGGACCAUAGUCACCAAGAAAACAAUUGGUAACACACUACGCCGUGAAGGACUGAAAUCCUGCAGCGCCCGCAAGGUCCCCCUUUUCAAGAAAGUACAUAUACAGGCCCGUCUUAAGUUUGCCAAUGAACAUCUGAAUGAUUCAGAGGAGAACUGGGUGAAAGUGUUGUGGUCAGAUGAGACCAAAAUGGAGCUCUUUGGCAUCAACUCAACUCGCCGUGUUUGGAGGAGGAGGAAUGCUGCCUAUGACCCCAAGAACACCAUCCCCACCGUCAAACAUGGAGGUGGAAACAUUAUGCUUUGGGGGUGUUUUUUUGCUAAGGGGACAGGACAACUUCACCGCAUCAAAGGGAUGAUGGACGGGGCCAUGUACCGUCAAUUCUUGGGUGAGAACCUCCUUCCCUAAGCCAGGGCAUUGAAAAUGGGUCGUGGAUGGGUAUUCCAGCAUGACAAUGACCCAAAACACACAGCCAAGGCAACAAAGGAGUGGCUCAAGAAGAAGCACAUUAAGGUCCUGGAGCGGCCUAGCCAGUCUCCAGACCUUAAUCCCAUAGAAAAUCUGUGGAGGGAGCUGAAGGUUCGAUUUGCCAAACGUCAGCUGAAGGUUCGAGUUGCCAGCCUCGAAACCUUAAUGACUUGGAGAAGAUCUGCAAAGAGGAGUGGAACAAAAUCCCUCCUGAGAUGUGUGCAAGCCUGGUGGCCAACUACAAGAAACGUUUGACCUCUGUGAUUGCCAACAAGGGUUUUGCCACCAAGUACUAAGUCAUGUUUUGCAGAGGGGUCAAAUACUUAUUUCCCUCAUUAAAAUGCAAAUCAAUUUAUAACAUUUUUGAUAUGCGUUUUUCUGGAUUAUUUUGUUGUUUUUCUGUCUCUCACUGUUCAAAUAAACCUACCAUUAAAAUUAUAGACUGAUCAUGUCUUUGUCAGUGGGCAAACGUACAAAAUCAGCAGGGGAUCAAAUACUUUUUUCCCUCACUGUACUACAUUGAUUUAAUUUUGUUUCGUAAACUAGGAGAUGCCGACCACACAUGGAGGAUUGUCCACGUCUCCAUGGAGAUCGAAGAGAAGUUCCGCUAUGCUUUCCAAGGUGUCCGAGGAGAUCCAGCUACAUCCAGUGGAGGAAUCUUCAUUGACGACAUCAGCCUGACGGAGACUCGCUGUCCCAACGCUGUCUGGCAGAUCAAGAACUUCACCGGAAUCCUCAACACUGCAAACAAUACCACUGUCAUGGACAGUCCAGUCUUCUACAGCCCAGAGGGCUAUCGUUACGGUGUACGUGUCCGUCCCGUCUCUGACUACAGUGACUACACUGGUGGCUACACUGGGCUGUACUUCCACCUGGCCAGCGGGGCUAAUGACGUGGUCAUGCAGUGGCCGGCCCUGAACAGGCAGGCUAAAAUCGUGGUCAUGGACCAGGAUCCUGACAUCAAACUGAGGAUGUCGUCUGCUCGCAGUUUGACUACAGACCUGAUAAAGAGUAGGUCAUUAUUGUGUUUAGAGACUACACUUGUGGUUAGAUUUGUCUUCAUGAUAUCUGGCCCAUAAUCUGAUCAGAUUACGACGGCCAUGAAACAGCUGUAAUGUGAUUUAAUAGUCUUAUGAUAUACAGUAUGUUUCUGUGUUCUCCAGCUCCAGAUGGGAAGCUGUGGUGGGACAAUCCAACCAAUGUGGGGACCUAUGACCCAGAGUGUGGGUGCUACAGGGGAGAGUCGCGAGGAUGGCGCAAUAUGAUCAAGCAUUUUGACUUGCGACGACGGAACUACCUGAAAAACGAUGACCUCAUCAUCUUUGUCGACUUUGAAGGUAAGUGGAGGAGGACUAGUAUCGUUACUGGUCAGAUCAUACUAUUAAAACACAAAUUUGUUUUACAUCACUGUCAGAUAUCAGGAUUUGACCUCCUGAAAUGCUUUGCGAUAGCCAGAGCAAUAAACGAGCUUGUUAGAUUUUGAGGUCAGCUGAUUGAAUGGCAACACUGCUUUUAAUGUCUCUAUAGACAUAACAUCUCUGAUAAAAACCGAGGUUCCCAUCAACCCAAAGGAGUGAGAACGUGUUUUACUACCACAGAGGGGAGGUAAGCUGUUUCUUUUAAAUUCUCUAAAAUUUCUUUCCUUUUUGUGACAUUUGUAUUUUCAUUAAUAUUGUUCCAAUUUAUGUUUUUUGUGUCUUUGUAUUUAAUAUUUCGGCAGAACCGGCAGUCCUGAGGAUUUGGACAGACUCAGGAAAAGUACAGAAAAUAACAGCACAAUUUAUGUAAACUAAUGUUGUUCGUAAAUAUACAUUAUUUUGUAUAAAAUGUGAUUGGUUUGCAAACUUUAUAAAAUAACUAAAUACUCUUGAAAUUGUAUGUGUUUUUACUGUUCAAAUAUUCUUAUUCACAUUUCUUUCAUUAAAGUUUGAGUCUUCAAAUAAAUGCUUCAUUAUGUUUUUUCUGUUGCACAGGAUUUUUUGUUUUGAAAUAAAAAUAAAUAUUUCGUAGACAUGAUCACAGUAAAAUACAAUUUAUAAAGUCAUAUAUGUAUGAGGGUCAUGACUCCUUUAUAUGCCACUUAAAUGACGGGGGAUUAUUUCGAAUAGGCUAUCACUUUUAGUACCUCAAAAUGUCCAUGUUGUAAUACAGUUUAUGUCACAUACUUCAAUCAUCAUGUACAUCAUAUACAAUAUGUUUGCAUUUGUUACCAUAGCGCGUUAUAUUACCCAUAGAAAUAUAUACUGAACAAAAAUAUAAACGCAACAUGUAAGGUGUUGGUCUCAUGUUUCAUGAGCUGAAAUAAAAGAUCCCAGAACAUUUCCAUACGCACAAAAAGCUUAUUUCUCUAAAAUGUUGUGCACAAAUUUGUUUACAUCACUGUUAGUGAGCAUUUCUCCUUUGCCAAGAUAAUCCAUCCACCUGACAGGUGUGGCAUAUCAAGAAGCUGAUUAAACAGCAUGAUCAUUACACAGUUGCACCUUGUGCUGGGGACAAUAAAAGGCCACUCUAAAAGUGCAUGUUUUGUCACACAACACAAUGCCACAGAUGUCUCAAGUUUUGAGGGAGCGUGCAAUUGGCAUGCUGACUACGUUGUUUUAAAGAAUUUGGCAGUACAUCCAACCGGCCUCACAACCGCAGACUAAGUGUAUCCACGCCAGCCCAGGACCUCCACAUCCGGCUUCUUCACCUGCAGGAUAAUCUGAGACCAGCCACCCGGACAACUGAUGAAACUGUGGGUUUGCACAAGCAAAAAAUUUCUGCACAAACUGUCAGAAACCAUCUCAGGGAAGCUCAUCUGCGUGCUCGUCAUCCUCACCAGGGUCUUGACCUGACUGCAAUUCAGCAUUGUAACCGACUUCAGUGGGCAAAUGCUCACCUUCAAUGGCCACUGGCAUGCUGAAGAAGUGUGCUCUUCAUAGAUGAAUCCCUGUUUCAACUGUACCGGGCAGAUGGCAUUUAGCAUGUAUGGCGUUGUGUGUGCGAGCAGUUUGCUGAUGUCAACGUUGUGAACAGAGUGCCCCAUGGUGAUGGUGGGGUUAUGGUAUGGGCAGGCAUAACUUAUGGACAAUGAACACAAUUGCAUUUUAUCGAUUGCAAUUUGAAUGCACAGAGAUACCGUGAAGAGAUCCUGAGGCCCAUUGUCGUGCCGUUCAUCUGCCGCCAUCACCUCAUGUUUCAGCAUGAUAAUGCACAGCCCCAUGUCGCAAGGAUCUGUAGCAUAUUCCUGGAAGCUGAAAAUGUCCCAGUUCUUCCAUGGCCUGCAUACUCACCAGACAUGUCACCCAUUGAGCAUGUUUGGACUGCUCUGGAUCGACAUGUACGACAAUGUGUUCCGGUUUCCGCCAAUAUCCAGCAACUUCUCUGUAGCUCAACUGGUAGAGCACGGCGCUUGUAACGCCAGGGUAGUGGGUUCGAUCCCCGGGACCACCCAUACACAAAAAAUGUAUGCACGCAUGACUGUAAGUCGCUUUGGAUAAAAGUGUCUGCUAAAUGGCAUAUUAUUUAUUAUUAUUAACUUAACACAGCCAUUGAAAAGGAGUGGGACAACAUUCCACAGGCCACAAUCAACAGCCUGAUCAACUCUAUGCGAAGGAGCUGUGUCACGCUGCAUGAGGCAAAUGGUGGUCACACCAGAUACUGACUGUUUUUCUGAUCCAUGCCCUACAUAUUGUUAAGGUAUCUGUGACCAGUCAUGUGAAAUCCAUAGAUUAGGGCCUAAUGAAUAUAUUUCAAUUGAUUUAUUUCCUUAUAGGAACUGUAACUCCAAAUCUUUGAAAUUGUUGCGUGUUGCGUUUAUAUUUUGGUUCAGUGUAAUUACUAUGUUGUUACCAAUGGACACUAGCAGAACACAAAAACCCACUAUUGCACUCUUGAACACACUUAUCAACACUUAUCACUCUCAUGGCCAUAUCUGAUCAUUAACCAAAACUUUCCACUGAACCUGACGAGACAGUUUCAACACAACGAUAAAGUAUUGGUGUUGUAUUGAAGUUUUGAAUAUGUAACAUGAUCACCUGUGGGUCAAAGUUUCCCUUCCAGCUUGCUGUAUUAAGAGUAUUUAAAGGGCUUUAAUAAGUGCUGUGGUAUCAGGUCUGUGGUCAACCUCUCCAAAAUGACAGUACUAGGGCUCUUGUGCUGUCUGGGACUGCUGCUGUCUCUGUCCUCUGCAUUCACAGUAAGAUCUCUCUCUCUCUUUCUCUCUCUCUCUCGCUCUAUCUAAUACAUUUCCCAUGAAUGCGUGAUUAUGAAAAAAACAUUCUCAUCUCACUUUACAGAUUAGGCGGAUGUCAAAGGAGAAAUGUGAGAACAUGUAUAUAUAUUUUGUCCUAUAAUUAAUCAAAUCAUGUGGUACAUAUACAUUUGUAAUGUAUCCAAUCCUUAUGGUGCUCAUGUCACAUUGGUGAGCUAUUUUACAUAACAAUACUUAUUUUUAGUUCAAGACAGGUCUAAGAAAAAGUGUUCAAAUGGGCUUGUAGCAAAAGUAAAAUACAUUCAUCAUCUAACAUUGUGGCUCUUACUGUAGCCUUUGCCAUUGAUGCUGAUGAGGUAAUACGACGAGACAUCCCCUUCGUCAACUCAGGUAAGUCUCUUUGUGCAUGCUGGUAUACAGUGGAUGUAUUUGAUAUCCUCUUUGUGAUGUUUUAAAACUAUCUUCCAUGUCUAUAAUCUUUUAUUUUCCAUAGGAUUGAAGACCCCUGUUGUCGAGGGCGACAUUGCAUUGAAUGUACGUUUAUACUGUAUUAAACCUUUCAUUGUCUGCAAGUAUGUUCGCUGUCUUUCCAAUUAGAAGAAAAAAUAGGGCUUUCAAUAAAAAAAAUAAGUGUGCUAAAUAGCCUGCACUCUAUAAAUGAAACUUUGACCUUUUUGCUAUCUAGAUUUCGAUUAAUGUGAUUUCAAUAAAGUUAACGAUAGUACGUCCAGUCAAUAAUUAAGUAUUGCAAUAAAAGUUAUAUCACUCCAUCAGCCUGGACGCAAUGCCCUUGUGGAUCCAGCCUUCAGGUGGAAAUUCCCCAUCCCUUACAUACUGGCUGACAGCCUUGGUAAAAAUGUGCACCAUCUCUCAUCCUAGUAACAUGAUAUACACUGGUGAUGAACCAUGAUUAAAGAAGACUAAACUAUCGGUAUUGUUACCUCUACCAUUAUAAUCAAUGCACAUACAGAUUAUAAUAUUUAUAGUCCGUUAAUCCCUUGUUUGUCUUUCAGACCUGAAUGCCAAGGGGGUCAUUUUCCAGGCCUUUGAGAUGUACCGGCUGAAAUCCUGUGUGGAUUUCAAACCCUAUGAAGGAGAGAAGAGCUUUAUCAAGUUUGAAAAGCUAGAUGGGUAUAGUUUGUUUUUCUGAUAUACGAGUCUGCUCCUCCACUCGAUGCUUCUAAUGAUCAUAGUCUUAACAGCCUUAGUUGAAUCUUGUGUAUUACUGGUUGGCUGGAACAAAGGUCUGCACCCACACUGGCACUAUGUGGAUAAGAUCUGUCUCCCGUGUUCAAGAGGUAAUUCACUGCUGUGGCAUCAUGGAAUUGUUGCAGUUGCUGGUCUAUGGUCGGAGACCUACAGACAGGCCAGCAGUUGUCAUUGGGCCCAUCCUGUGACUACAAAGGCACCAUAAUGCAUGAGCUCCUCCACGCCCUGGGCUUUUACCACGAACAGUCUCGCACCGACCGAGAUGACUAUGUGGACAUCUGGUGGGACCAGGUCCUGCCUGGUAAGGUCUAAGAGCUCAACACCCAAAACAUUUUUGCAUGGCAAGCCAAGCCUUAUUUUAGAACUUACCACAACCUUUGUGUGUACAUUCUACAGGUAUGGACCACAAUUUUGAUAAAUACGCUGAUGAUUUCAUCACCGACCAGAACACGCCAUACGACUACGAGUCUAUCAUGCAUUACGGUCCAUAUUCCUUUAACAAAGACCCACGGUACCCAACCAUCACAGCCAAGGACCCAGAGAUGACCAAAGUGCUGGGCCAGUACAAUGACUUCAGCAGCCUGGAUCUACUGAGGCUCAACAGGAUGUAUAACUGCUGUGAGACCCUUUCUCAUUAGGACCAGGAGUUUUUCCUGAUCAGGUCACAUGAUCAGGAGGACCAUCAUUUUUUUCCUAAUCACUUGAUUUGACCAGAAAAAACUGCUGAUGUUGUGUUUAACUUAUGUUGUUUUUAGCUGAUUAUGUUUGCUUAGUGUGCCUGUGUAUGAUGUCUGUCCUGUAGCCUCCUCUCUGACGUUGUUGGAUCAGUGUGCCUUUGAGACCGUCAACACCUGUGGGAUGAUCCAGAACCGUAACGAUGAUGGUGACUGGGUACGCACCAAGAGCCAGCCAGGGUCACAUGACCACACUCUCAUUGGCCAGUGCAAAGGUAGGGUUAACCUACAGUAUUACUAGGGUCAGGAGCCCUGACAUUGUCAGAAGAAAAACUCCUGCCCCUACACAUCGCAAGGGUGAACACAUAGGUUUAUCAACCAUUUUGAAUGGCAUACAUUACUAUUUUACUAUAAUACAUUUAUGAUAACAUCUUGUUUGUGAUCUGUGUAGACGCAGGGUUCUUCAUGAACUUUUACACUGACACCGGCCGGGCGGAAGACUCAGCUUUUCUGGAAUCCAGGGUCCUGCACUCCAAGAGAAAUCUGCAGUGUUUGCAGUUCUUCUACAAGAUGACAGGAAGCCCCAAGGACAAGCUGGUGGUCUGGACCAGGAAGGAGGAUGCUAAGGGCAAAGUCUUAUCCCUUACUGCAGCUGGGAAUUUCACAGGUAGGCUUGAGAAAAGUGGUGAACAGCCGUGCUCAAUAAUCUGAUAAACCAUGACUGUGCUAUGUGUUGUAGCAUCAUAAUAUAGCUUCAACAGGUAUUGUUUGAAAAUGUUCAACCUUAAAAAUGAUGAUUACCCUGCAUCUCCCCCACAUCUGUUUUCACAGGUGAUGAUGACCACUCCUGGAAGAUUGCCCACGUUCCUUUAACGAUGGACUCCAAGUUCCGCUAUGCCUUCCAGGGGAUCAGGGGCGACCCAGCAAACUCCUUGGGGGGGAUCCAGGUGGAUGACAUCACCCUAGGUACGGUACUCUGUCUUAACAUUUUAAGUAACUGUAAAACACUUUAGUGUGCAAUGCAUUAUAUGACAGGUGCUAUCCGAAUGAAGUUUAUAUUGUCAUUAUUGUUGUUGGAAUUAGCGGAGACACGCUGCCCCAGUGGAACAUGGCGUAUCAAGAACUUCAGCCAGUACAUGAAGAGUUACGCCACGGGAGAGUACAUCCAGAGCCCACGUUUCUACAGCCCCGAGGGCUACGCCUUCGGAAUCCAGCUGCUGCCCAACUCCUACUACGACGGGUACAUCGGGGCCUUCUUCCACCUGAGCACCGGGGAGAACGACCAGGCCCUGGAGUGGCCGGCAGGGAACAGACAGGUCACUAUCACACUGCUGGACCAGGACUCUGACGUCAGGCAGAGGCAGUCCUUCUCCUACAGCUUCACCACCAGUCCCACUCAUCUCAUCCCAGGUAUGGGGCAGGCUAAUGUUGGUUCAAAGGGGCACAUAAAGAGAAUUUCCUCACACUCAGAUUAUUGUGGCUAUUAAAGCUUUUGGUCAAACAACUGUCAUAGCAAUACCAACAUGUGUGUGAGUCAGCAUAAAAAGACGUCUAUACAUCUAUAUCCGACAGGACAUGGAAAUCAAUUCACUUCACAUAAUCUAUAUGUAGAUUAUCUGCUGAUUUAUAAUACUCUCCCCACUCUUUCAGACUCCAACAUGCUGUACUGGGACAACCCGUCCAAGAUGGGGACGUACGACCCGUCCUGUGACUGUUAUCAUGGCUGGACCUGGGGCUGGAACGCCUACUUCUCCCACUACCACCUAAAUAGGAGGAGCUACCUGAAGAAUGAUGACCUCAUUCUCUUCGUUGAGUUUGAAGGUGCGUCUGACUCUACGUUCAAGGGCUCUGAGAUAUUUUUGACCACUUGAAACUGUAUUAAACCUGUUCACUGUUGUUUGUAUUUCCAGAUCUUACUCCACUGAUCAAAACUGAAGUUCCAAUCAAGCUUCCAGUUCAGCUCCGGAGUCAGGACUGAGGUUGACCAGAACAUUUAUGCAUUUUUAAAUGUCAAAUGUUCACUUUUCUUUUUAUUUCAAACAUUUACAUAAAGGCGGUGGAAGUCAACAUUAGCAUGCCUAUACAAGUAAAUUAUCAGUUGUCAGUUGCAAUGUUAAACACUGUCCUGACAAUCUGUCUGUGGCCUCCAUCUUGAAACCGGUUUGUUUAUUUGUAACCUGUAAAAUGCAGCUUCAUGCAGCUUUUAACUCAUUAAAAUCAAGCUAUUCAAAGUAUUGUCGUCUCUAAUUUAGCCUUUUCACCAGUUAACCACCAUUUGCCCUGCCACCCAUAACCAGAAUAAAAUAUAAGGAUAUACAGUGCGCUCCAAAAGUAUUGGGACAGUGACAACGUUUUUUUGUUGUUUUAGCUCUGUACUCCAGCACUUUGUAUUUGAAAUGAUAUAUGAGGUUAAAGUGCAGACUCUUUUUAUUUUUUAUUUUUUUAACACAUACAAUAUAUCACACUAACCAAACAACAACAAAAAAACACCACAUGUAAACACAUGACACAACAAUGUUCUCUCUCUGUCACGUUCGUUGAAAGACGGGUCAGACCAAGGCGCAGCGUGAUAUGCAUACAUGUUUAUUUUAACUGAAUAAACACCACGACAAAACAAUAAACGAAACGAAACGUGAAGUCCAAGGUAGUACAGAAAACAAACCUUACACGGAACAAGAUCCCACAACUAGACAGGGCCAAUAGGCUGCCUAUGUAUGGUCCCCAAUCAGAGACAACGAGCGACAGCUGCCUCUGAUUGGGAACCAUAUAUUUGAUAUUUGUGCGUCUGUAACUUUCUCACUCAUCAUUACGUGAAGUCCAAGGUAAUCUAAAAUAAUCUGAAACACAACCAAACCAAACAGCAAAUGCAUCCUACAAAUGUGUAUAGUCACAAGCUUGAUGUAGUUGUUGCGUGCUAUGAAUAUGGGACCAAAUACUUAACUUUUUUACUACUUUAAUACACAUAUAAGUGAAUUUGUCCCAAUACAUUUGGUCCCCUAAAAUGGGGGGGGGGGCUAUGUACAAAAAGUGCUGUAAUCUCUAAAUGGUUCACCCGAUAUGGAUGGAAAUACCCUCAAAUUAAAGCUGACAGACUGCACUUUAACCUCAUAGUCAUUGUAUCAUUUCAAAUCCCCCCAAAAAAUAAUAAAACACUUUUCUUAAACUUUUGGAGCUCACUGUAUGUUCAAACACACUGACACACUAUUACCUGCUCUGCCUGUCAUUCAUAACAUCAUGUAUCUCAGGAUAUAUUAAGACUAGUAAAUACAUAAACCUGGAGGAAACACAACUGCAAUUAAUACACUAUUUGUUUUAUAUUUAAAUCAUUUAGAAAUAAGUUUAAACUUAAGAAACUUAAACCUGCAUGCUAAAGUGCAUGUCAGAAACUCAAUCGAAAACACUAAAUCAUGUUUGAAACUGUUGCUGACAUAGUACCAAUACAUUAUUUCAAAACACAAUAACAUAUUUAUCUGCUAAGGUUACAAGAUAAGAUCAGUGAAGAUAAUGACAUGACAAGGCACAUCUGACUGAACGUCAAAGUGAGAGAGAGAUGUCAUGGUCGUGUGAAGUUCACAUUACUCAUUACAGUCAUUACAAACAGAUGUUGGAUCUUAAUUUGAACCAGUUUGUUACAGCAGGAAAAUAAUCCUGCAGCAACAGAAAAUGUGAAUUAUUAUGUGGAUUAUAAUGAAUGGACAUUUUUGUAGGGAUUGAUACAUUUUCAUUAGGGCAAAUCAAGUCUGAUAUUUUAAAGUGGAAUACACUAUAAGUUUGCAUUUCAAAUUCAGAUCCUACAUCUGUAUAGAUCAAGUUCCACCCAGACACUGACUUUAUUGGUCUGUUUACAAUAGCAGAUGAACACAUAUCCAACUCCUCUAGAUUAAACAUGGGCUCUGUCUAUGCACCAUGGAGGAUCACCACUUUCAUCGCAAUUCUGGUUGUGUUCAAGGUAGGGCACACAUCCUGUGUUAUUGAAUGGAAUUGACUUCAUUAUAAUAAUUGUACAUUUUAUCAAUUAUAUGUUGUGAGUCAAGCAGUGUCUCUUUUUGUUGUAGGUGCAAGCUGUUCCGACACUUUAUGGUAAGUUCUAGAUCGUCACGUGCAUAAGGGUGUAUGUGUGAUAAUGCUCUGUGUUCUUACAGAAUGGUUUCUCUGUUGAAUUAUUAGGUGGUGAUGCAGAUGCAGGUGAAUUGCGAGAGGAUAUACUCGAUAUCAAUUCAGGUAAUUAGCUCUACACUCUGUUAAACUGUAACAUUACUGAAGUUAUAUAAUAAUAUGUGCAAUAAUCUCACAAAUCUGGCAAUACAAUUUUUUACUGAGAGUGAUUGAUUUUAUUAUUUUCUGAUAUUUCAGAAGCAGAUCUAAACCUGUUUGAGGGAGACAUUGCAGGUGAUGUAAGGACACUUCUCUUCAUAGCCUUAUUAUAUGUAAUAGUUGACUAAAUAUAAAUCAGUUAGCCUACUUCAUUUAUUUUAUGGAUUUUGCAGCCAAGGCGAAAUGCAAUCCUGGAUGAAAGGAGAAGAUGGAAGUUUCCCAUUCCUUACAUUUUGACAGAUUCGUUGGGUAUGUAGGCUCUACCAACCAUGUCUCAAUGCUGAAUGAAAUACAAUUGUUGACAACAUUCUGAAAACUAGUUCAUAUUCAUUCCCUCAGAGCUGAAUGCAAAAGGUGUUAUUCAGCAGGCAUUCGAAGCAUACCGCCUGAAAUCCUGUGUGGACUUCAAGCCCUACGAGGGAGAAAGCACAUAUAUCUCCUUCACAAAGCUGAGUGGGUGAGUUCAGCCAAAUACACUGUAAUGCCAUGAGCUCUUGCUUAACUUUAUGGACUGUCUGUCCUUCCAAAGCAUAAAAUGCAAGGUUUUAUGGAGAGCACAGAUUAGAAAAUGCUUAUCUAAGGAAAUUACAUUCAUUAUAGUGUUCUAUGCAUCUACAGAUUCCAAACCUGCAAUAAACGGUGACCCCUCUUUUAGUGUAAAGUCGAUGAAUGUCCUAAAGCAUUUUGUUGAAUACAGUCCUUCAUGUCACCAUUGUUAUGAUGAGGUACAGUAUAUAUUUUGUGUGGACCACAGUACAGUAAUGUUAUGGUGAAAUAUGAAGUAAGAUGUACUAUUGUGAAUCAGUUUUCUCCACAGAACAAAUGAGGAAACAUUGUGUAGUAGAUUGUUCAUAUUUUUCCUUUAGUUUAGCAAAUUUUUCUUACUUACUUUUUAAAAACUCUGCAUUGUUGGUUAAGGGCUUCUUGGUUAAGAGAAUCAUGUAUGGAUCAUUUAGCUAUUUGAUCUGGAAUUUUAGGACCCCUUUAGGUAUAAAAUAAAUAUAUAAAAAAGUAUUAAUAACAUAUGAAAUUUGGCCUUUCUACUAUAGCCCAUAGAAACACAUUGGAAAACACAUUCAUAAAUGGCAAAAAAGACAGUCAAAAAAGUAAUAAUAAGAAACAAGGUUUUUAAGUGUCUGUCCUAUAUCUAGGAGCUCAGGAAAUAUUUGUGUGUUUUUUUUUUUAACACAUAUUUAACCCUUUUUUUGGGUGGUAGGCAGAAAACAUUAUUUUAAACUGGUACCGGUUACCUUCAAACGAGUCCCUUGACACUUGUUCUGUGACACUUGUGGGGGUUGUAGCAAAACGAGAGAACAUCAUUGUGUUCGUGAGAAUCUCCCCUUUCCACAGUGGGGUCACAUUAGUUUAUAGCCCUAACGGUUUGGACACUACCAAACAGAAGUUUGCACAUCAACAGCACCAACUUCAGAUGAGUCCUCUGACACUUGUGGGAGUCAUAAUUGCUAUAUAACAGGCCAAACUGUUCAGACACUACAUGCGUUUUCGUGAGAAGACCGAUUAUCGGGAUGUCUCAUGGUUUGACAAACACCUUUCACCGCAACAUCGGCGGAUGAUGUGGAUUGAGAAACAGCCAAUUAAAAAAAAACAGAUAUCUCUAGCUUAAAUUGACUGAUUUUGAUGGGGUUUUCUUUAUUAUUUUACUUACCGGUGCGUCAAUUGACUCGUAGGGGUAAAUAAGUAAGCAUUUCACGGUAUGUGACAAACAACAUUUGAUUUGAUUUAAUUUGAAUUGAUUUUGUGUUUACUCUGGUGUCAUAAUGCGUAAUCCUGUCUGUGACGGCCACAGAUGCUGGUCAUUUGUAGGAGAUGAUAAGGUAGGACAGAACCUCUCCAUAGGGGCGCGCUGUGACACUAAGGCCAUCGUGGAACAUGAGCUCCUCCACGCUCUGGGCUUCUACCAUGAGCAGUCACGCUCUGACAGAGACGACUACGUCAAGAUCUGGUGGGACCAAAUCAUAGAAGGUGGGUGUGAUGGAAUUAGGCAUAGACGGUGGCAGAUACAGUAUCAGUUGUGUAUCAAAUCAAAUCAAAGGUUAUUGGUGGUGUACAUAGAUUUGCAGAUGUUAUCGCAGGUGCAGCGAAAUGCUUGUGUUUCUAGCUCCAACAUUGCAGUAAUAUAGUGGCUUGCGAAAGUAUUCACCCCCCUUGGCAUUUUUCCUAUUUUGUUGCCUUACAACCUGGAAUUAAAUUUGAUUUUUGGGGGGUUUGUAUCAUUUGAUUUACACAACAUGCCUACCACUUUGAAGAUGCAAAAUAAAAACAUUUGUGGAACAAACAAGAAAUAAGACAAAAAAACAGAAAACUUGAGCGUGCAUAACUAUUCACCCCCCCCCAAAGUCAAUACUUUGUAGAGCCACCUUUUGCAGCAAUUACAGCUGCAAGUCUCUUGGGGUAUGUUUCUAUAAGCUUGGCACAUCUAGCCACUGGGAUUCUUGCCCAUUCUUCAAGGCAAAACUGCUCCAGCUCCUUCAAGUUAGAUGGGUUCCGCUGGUGUAGAGCAAUCUUUAAGUCAUACCACAUAUUCUCAAUUGGAUUGAGGUCUGGGCUUUGACUAGGCCAUUCCAAGACAUUUAAAUGUUUCCCCUUAAACCACUCGAGUGUUGCUUUAGCAGUAUGCUUAGGGUCAUUGUCCUGCUGGAAUGUGAACCUCCGUCCCAGUCUCAAAUCUCUGGAAGACUGAAACAGGUUUCCCUCAAGAAUUUCCCUGUAUUUAGCGCCAUCCAUCAUUCCUUCAAUUCUGACCAGUUUCCCAGUCCCUGCCAAUGAAAAACAUCCUCGGGGUGAUGAGAGGUGUUGGGUUUGCGCCAGACAUUGCGUUUUCCUUGAUAGCCAAAAAGCUCAAUUUACAUUUCAUCUGACCAGAGUACCUUCUUCCAUAUGUUUGGGGAGUCUCCCACAUGCCUUUUGACGAACACCAAAUGUGUUUGCUUAGUUUUUUCUUUAAACAAUGGCUUUUUUCUGGCCACUCUUCCGUAAAGCCCAGCUCUGUGGCGUGUACGGCUUAAAGUGGUCCUAUGGACAGAUACUCCAAUCUCCGCUGUGGAGCUUUGCAGCUCCUUCAGGGUUAUCUUUGGUCUCUUUGUUGCCUCUCUGAUUAAUGCCCUCCUUGCCUAGGCCAUGAGUUUUGGUGGGCGGCCCUCUCUUGGCAGUUUUAUUGUGGUGCCAUAUUCUUUCCAUUUUUUAAUAAUGGAUUUAAUGGUGCUCCGUGGGAUGUUCAAAGUUUCUAAUAUUUUUUUAUAACCCAACCCUGAUCUUUACUUCUCCACAACUUUGUCCCUGACCUGUUUAGAGAGCUCCUUGGUCUUCAUGGUGCCGCUUGCUUGGUGGUGCCCCUUGUUUAGUGGUGUUGCAGACUCCGGGUGUCACGGUUUCGGCCGAGGCUGCUCCUCCUCCUUGUUCGGGCAGGCCUCGGCGUUCGCCGUCCCCGGAGUAUUAGCUGCCACCGCUCUAUGUUUCUGUGUUUGAUUGCUUUUGUCUGUCUGUCACACCUGUGUCUGUUUGAUUGUUGAUUAGGUGUCUUAUAAGUUCCUUGUUUUGCUCUUUGGUAAUUGUGUGUUGUUAUUUUUCCGUUGCCUUUUGUGUAUGAUACGUGUUUGUUUUUUCCGUAUCAUUGUUCUACGUUUAGUGUUUUACGCGUGUGCGUAAUGAUCCCUCGCCUCGUAGUGUUAUUCGAGGUCGGGGUUUACACUAUUGCUUUUAAGACUAUUAAAAGUCUUGUUGGACUAAACCUCUGCUUCCUGCGCUUGACUCCUCCACCACAUCCACGACGGUUUCUUGACACCGGGUGCAUUUCAGAACAGGUGUACAUAUACUGAGAUCAUGUGACAGAUCAUAUGACACUUAGAUUACACACAGGUGGACUUUAUUUAACUAAUUAUGUGACUUCUGAAGGUAAUUGGUUGCACCAGAUCUUAUUUAGGGGCUUCAUAGCAAAGGGGGUGAAAACAUACUGUCACGGAUGCCGCCGAGGCUGCUCCUCCUCCUUGCUCGGGCAGGCUUCGGCGUUCGUCGUCCCCGGAGUACUAGCUACUGCCGCUCGAUGUUUCGAUGUUUGUCUUGUAUUGUCUAGUUGGUACACCUGUUUCGUAUUCUGUAUUGAUUAUGUACCAUAUAAGUUCCCUCGUUUUAUGUUUGCCUUUGUGUGUUAUUGUCCGCGUCUCUUGUAUGUAUGUUCGGCAUUGACCAUCUUGUUUAUUACGCACUCCGCAUACAUUUCUCCUCUUGUGUUUGGAGGCUUUUGUUUUGUGUGUAUUUUACUUUGGAAAGUAAAGUAGUCGUUACUGAUCCUCUGUGUCCUGCGCCUGACUUCACCGCAGCAUACACCUCAGCAUUGACACAUACGCACGCACCACUUUUCUGUUAUUUAUUUUUUAGAAUUUUAGAAUAGUUUUUUUAGAAUAUUUUUUUUCAUUCCACUUCACCAAUUUGGACUAUUUUGUGUAUGUCCAUUACAUGAAAUCCAAAUAAAAAUCAAUUUUAAAUUACAGGUUGUAAUGCAACAAAAUAGGAAAAACGCCAAGGGGGAUGAAUCCUUUUGCAAGGCACUGUACUUAGCAAUAAUAAGAAAAGAAAACACAAUCCACACAAAGAAAUAAGAGCAACUGUACUAGGAGAAGUGAUUUACAAGCUUCUAACAAUUUUGAAUAACACAUUCUGUAACCUACAUACAGUGGGGAGAACAAGUAUUUGAUACACUGCCGAUUUUGCAGGUUUUGCUACUUACAAAGCAUGUAGAGGUCUGUAAUUUUUAUCAUAGGUACACAUCAACUGUGAGAGACGGAAUCUAAAACAAAAAUCCAGAAAAUCACAUUGUAUGAUUUUUAAGUAAUUAAUUUGCAUUUUAUUGCAUGACAUAAGUAUUUGAUACAUCAGAAAAGCAGAACUUAAUAUUUGGUACAGAAACCUUUGUUUGCAAUUACAGAGAUCAUACGUUUCCUGUAGGUCUUGACCAGGUUUGCACACACUGCAGAAGGGAUUUUGGCCCACUCCUCCAUACAGACCUUCUCCAGAUCCUUCAGGUUUUGGGGCUGUCGCUGGGCAAUACGGACUUUCAGCUCCCUCCAAAGAUUUUCUAUUGUGUUCAGGUCUGGAGACUGGCUAAGCCACUCCAGGACCUUGAGAUGCUUCUUACGGAGCCACUCCUUAGUUGCCCUGGCUGUGUGUUUUGGGUCGUUGUCAUGCUGGAAGACCCAGCCACGACCCAUCUUCAAUGCUCUUACUGAGGGAAGGAGGUUGUUGGCCAAGAUCUCGCGAUACAUGGCCCCAUCCAUCCUCCCCUCAAUACGGUGCAGUCGUCCUGUCCCCUUUGCAGAAAAGCAUCCCCAAAGAAUGAUGUUUCCACCUCCAUGCUUCACGGUUGGGAUGGUGUUCUUGGGGUUGUACUCAUCUUUCUUCUUCCUCCAAACACGGCGAGUGGAGUUUAGACCAAAAAGCUCUAUUUUUGUCUCAUCAGACCACAUGCCCUUCUCCCAUUCCUCCUCUGGAUAAUCCAGAUGGUCAUUGGCAAACUUCAGACGGGCCUGGACAUGCGCUGGCUUGAGCAGGGGGACCUUGCGUGCGCUGCAGGAUUUUAAUCCAUGACGGCGUAGUGUGUUACUAAUGGUUUUCUUUGAGACUGUGGUCCCAGCUCUCUUCAGGUCAUUGACCAGGUCUUGCCGUGUAGUUCUGGGCUGAUCCCUCACCUUCCUCAUGAUCAUUGAUGCCCCACGAGGUGAGAUCUUGCAUGGAGCCCCAGACCGAGAGUGAUUGACCGUCAUCUUGAACUUCUUCCGUUUUCUAAUAAUUGCGCCAACAGUUGUUGCCUUCUCACCAAGCUGCUUGCCUAUUGUCCUGUAGCCCAUCCCAGCCUUGUGUAGGUCUACACUUUUAUCCCUGAUGUCCUUACACAGCUCUCUGGUCUUGGCCAUUGUGGAGAGGUUGGAGUCUGUUUGAUUGAAUGUGUGGACAGGUGUCUUUUAUACAGGUAACGAGUUCAAACAGGUGCAGUUAAUACAGGUAAUGAGUGGAGAACAGGAGGGCUUCUUAAAGAAAAACGAACAGGUCUGUGAGAGCCGGAAUUCUUACUGGUUGGUAGGUGAUCAAAUAGUUAUGUCAUGCAAUAAAAUGCAAAUUCAUUACUUAAAAAUCAUACAAUGUGAUUUUCUGGAUUUUUGUUUUAGAUUCGUGCUUUGUAAGUGGGAAAACCUGCAAAAUCGGCAGUGUAUCAAAUACUUGUUCUCCCCACUGUAUCUACAGGAAAGGAGCACAACUUCAACAAGUAUGAGGACGACUUCAUCACAGACCUGAACACGCCGUAUGACUAUGAGUCCGUCAUGCACUACAGGCCAUUGUCUUUCAACAAGAACGCCACCAUCCCUACCAUCACCACAGCCAUCCCAGCGUUCAAUGAGAUCAUCGGACAGCGUCUGGACUUCAGUGCAGUAGACCUGCUCAGGCUGAACCGCAUGUACGACUGCAGUAAGUGACCCAGAUAGAAUGACCUAUAUGAUCAAACUGCAAGAGCCAUCAACUUUGCUCAGUAGCAUCAAAUAAAGUGUAAGGAAAUUAUGAUGAACAACCACAGCCUUAGACAUUCUGAUAGAGAUUUGAUGAUGAUGAUUAUGAAUGUUAGCUAACAGAGUUUCUAUUUUUGCAGCCAAUACACACACUCUCCUGGACCAGUGUUCCUUUGAGCUGAUCAACAUCUGUGGUAUGAUCCAGGGUGAGACUGACCAGGCAGACUGGGUCCAGACCCUGAGCAGCGCUGAGGAGACAGACCACACACUGGCAGGCCGCUGCAGAGGUACCUACUACAUACACACAUGGACAAAAUCUUUCACAUCCUUCAUCCUUCCACAUGAUGUUAUCAAUCAGAAAUCAUUGGUUAAUUAUUUGUACUGUACCUAUGACCCUCUCUGUAGAUGCUGGCUAUUUCAUGAGGUUUGACACAUCUAAAGCGACAGUGGGGAAAAGUGCUCUUCUAGAGUCACGCAUCCUCUACCCUAAGAGGAGCGAGCAGUGUCUGCAGUUCUUCUACAAGAUGAUUGGCCCCCCCGGGGACAGGCUGUUAGUGUGGGUCAGAACUGAUGAUGGGACGGGAAAUGUCUGCAGUGUCAAGAAGGUCCACACCAUCACAGGUACUGUUCAGGAUAACCCCACUUUCAACGAAAGACAUAAAUAUGUUACACAUAUGGUUUGUAGAGUUUUGAUGGUGUCUGUGUUGCAUGUUACUCCCGGAGUAUAGGAAGAUGAUCAGGAAGCUGAUCAGGUGUCUUAUUUCCUCAGGUGAUGGAGAUGAUGCCUGGAACGUAGCCCACGUGACCCUGAAGGUCAAAGAGAGGUUCCGCUACUUCUUCCAGGGCGUGGUAGGGUCCAACAACAAUACAGCGGGGGCCAUCUUGAUCGAUGACAUCACAUUAACAGAAACCACGUGCCCCAGCGGUGUUUGGAGAAUUCAGAACUUCACUGGCCUGCUCGCCACAACGCCAGCCGGAGGGCAUAUCAGGAGCAAGCCGUUCUACAGCGCUGAGGGUUACGCUUACGGGAUCAGCCUCUACCCCAAGGGAAGAGACGGCACAUAUCCUGACUAUGUGGGCGUGACCUUCCAUCUAUGCAGCGGGGAGAACGACGGUGUGAUGGAGUGGCCAGUGAUCAACAGGCAGGCCACUGUCACUGCCAUGGACCAGGACCCCGACGCUAAGCUGAGGAUGUCUGCCACCAGAAGCUUCACCACCGGUCAGUUAAUGUAAUCAUGUGUUUAUGAGUUCCUUAUGUAAAAUAUGUCUUGCAUCGCAUACAAACAGGCACAGUAUUGUUCAGUAUUUACUGACUCGUUGUGAAAAUCUACAUGUUUGUCUGAUCUUAGUCCACCAUAAAAUAUAAUAUCAAUGUAUACACCAGGCAAUCCUUUGAUACAUGUAAAAUGAUUGGCUUUGUAACAUGUUAAUACCAUAAUUGUUUUCUUCUCCAGAUACUACUAACCCAUAUUGGGUCAAGCCCACCAGCACCAGUGGGGCGGAGUGGGACGCGAGCUGCAACUGCUAUAGAGGAUCUGAGUAUGGAUGGACUACGUUCCUCUCUCAUGACCAGCUGCACAGGAAAAGCUUUCUCAAGAACGAUGAUCUCAUCAUUAUUGCCGACUUUGACGGUGAGGGCCUGCACAGCAAACUUGACAACAUCAGUUUAUUUGCUCCACAUACAAAAUAUUGAGACACACACUACCGGUCAAAAGUUUUAGAACACCUACUCAUUCAAGGGUUUUUCUUAAUUUUUUACUAUUGUCUACGUUGUAGAAUAAUAGUGAAGAUAUCAAAACUAUGAAAUAACAUAUGUGGAAUCAUGUAGUAACAAAAAAGUGUUAAACAAAUCAAAAUAUAUUUUAUAAUUGAGAUUCUUCAAAUAGCCACCCUUUGCCUUGAUGACAGCUUUGCACACUCUUGGCAUUCUCUCAACCAGCUUAAUGAGGUAGUGACCUGGAAUCCAUUUCACUUAACAGAUGUGCCUUCUUAAUGAAUUUGAGCCAAUCAGUUUUGUUGUGACAAGGUAGGGGGGUAUACAGAAGAUAGCCCUAUUUGGUAAAAGUCCAAGUCCAUAUUAUGUCAAGAACAGCUCAAAUAAGCAAAGAGAAACGACAGUCCAUCAUUACUUUAAGACAUGAAGGUCAGUCAAUACGGAACAUUUCAAGAACUUUGAAAGUUUCUUCAAGUGCAGUCACAAAAACCAUCAAGCGCUAUGAUGAAACUGGCUCUCAUGAGUACCGCCACAGGAAUGGAAGACCCAGAGUUACCUCUGCUGCAGAGGAUAAGUUCAUUAGAGUUACCAGCCUCAGAAAUUGCAGCCCAAAUAAAUGCUUCACAGAGUUCAAGUAACAGACACAUCUCAACAUCAACUAUUGAGAGGAGACUGCAUGAAUCAGGCCUUCAUGGUCGAAUUGCUGCAAAGAAACCACUACUAAAGGACACCAAUAAGAAGAAGAGACUUGCUUGGGCCAAGAAACACGAGCAAUGGACAUUAUAACGGUGGAAAUUUGUCCGUUGGUCUGGAGUCCAAAUUGGAGAUUUUUGGUUCCAACCGCCGUGUCUUUGUGAGACGCUGUGUGGGUGAACGGAUGAUCUCCGCAUGUGUAUUUCCCCACCGUAAAGCAUAGAGGAUGAGGUGUUAUUGUGUGGGGGUGCUUUGCUGGUGACACUGUCUGUGAUUUAUUUAGAAUUCAAGGCACACUUAACCAGCAAGGCUACCACAGCAUUCUGCAGCGAUAGGCCAUCCCAUCUGGUUUGGGCUUUGUGGGACUAUCAUUUGUUUUUCAACAGGAUAAUGACCUAACACACCUCCAGGCUGUGUAAGGGCUAUUUUACCAAGAAGGAGAGUGAUGGAGUGCUGCAUCAGAUGACCUGGCCUCCACAAUCCCCCGACCUCAACCCAAUUGAGAUGGUUUGGGAUGAGUCGGACCGCAGAGUGAAGGAAAAGCAGCCAACAAGUGCUCAGCAUAUGUGGGAACACCUUCAAGACUGUUGGAAAAGCAUUCCAGGUGAAGCUGGUUGAGAGAAUGCCAAGAAUGUGCAAAGCUGUCAUCAAGGCAAAGGGUGGCUAUUUGAAAUUUAAAAUAUAUUUUGAUUUGUAUAACACUUUUGUGGUUGCUACAUGAUUCCAUAUGUGUUUUUUCAUAGUUGUGAUGUCUUCACUAUUGUUCUACAAUGUAGAAAAUAGUAAAAAUAAAGAAAAACCCUUGAAUGAGUAUGUGUUCUAAAACCUUUGACCGGUAGUGUAUUUUGAUUUGUUUAACACCUUUUUGGUUAAUACAUUAUUCUAUAUGUAUUAUUUUAUAGUUUUGAUGUCUUCACUAUUGUUCUACAAUGUAGAAAAUAGUAAAAAUAAAGAAAAACACUUGAAUGAGUAGGUGUUCUAAAACUUUUGACCGGUAGUCUAUACUGUAGUUCUAUAUAGUGUAUUGUUAUGUGAUGAUUUGAACGGUUUGUUUUGUGAUGAUUUUAACUGUUUCGGACUGUUACUAUUUAACCUAACCCACGUCACCCUAAAACUGUGCAAGGCAAUCAAUUGACAUGGUCACUUUACAGAAAGAGACAUAGUAGAGUUGAAUAAUUUAGCAGCUGGAUUGUUACCACACAAGACAUAAAAAACAACAACAUUCUCUCUCCUAACGCUAAACAAUUAUUCUUUGUGGAUGUGUUCCAGAUUUGACCCACCUGGUGAAGACGGAGGUCCCUGUCCAACCAAAGAGUCCCAGUGAUGACCUCCCAGAGGAGGAGACCCCCAGACAGGAGGAGGAGAUGGCUGACGGUCCCAAACACAGACAGGCACGGGCCGCCCCUAGUGACCCGUGUAGCCCCGACCCCUGCCUCAACGGGGGAGUGUGUGUGGUUGAGAAACACGGGAAAGCCACGUGCAGGUGUGUUUAUAAGUAUGACUUUCACAACCUCAUAUCAACACCUAGUGGUCGAUUCAAUCCGUAUAGCGGAAGUUCAGCGCUAUAGCGUGAUUGAAAUUUAAAGACAAUCUUCCCAUGUUUGCAGAGACUACAUUUACGGUAAACGCUGCAAAUGUCGGCUCAAUCGGAAAUGAUCUUUAAAUAUUAAUUGUGCUAUAGCGCUGAACUUCAGCGAUACAGAUUGAAUGGAGCUCCUACUGUAGUUACUGUGUGACAAACCAUACACACAUUUCCUUUCCUUUUUUUCAUACACACAUUUCCAUUCCAAAAACUGCCCGAUCUUUGUCUGUGUUGACUGAUUCUGUAAUUGGGCAUUUUGACAAGGGCACAUCACAUCUGGGUCACUACUUGUAGUUCUGGUUGAGUUUUUCAGGGCUUGAUAAGUGCAAUUUACAGUACGUUAUAAUUUUUACAUGCUCCCUGCAUUUCUACUAAUUUUUGCUUCCAUGAAAGCACAGUACAAUAUGUUAUAGGAGACAAAGAGUGAGUAUGUGUUUCACCGUUAUUACUGACUCAUAAUUGCUGUUAUUCUCACAAAGGUGUGCCUCUGGCCAGGCCACAUACUAUGCUGGUGAGACGUGUGAGAAGCAGCAUAUCGAUGGCAGCAUUCUGGGCAUUCUGAUUGGUGGAGCUGCAGGUACGAUCGUUCUGACUCUGGCAAUUUUCUCAGUCAUCCGGAGAAGUCACUGAGUCACCACACUGCAUCACAGCUAUACUCAUGUACCACCUCAAUCCCAAUGCCUCUCUAAGAAACAGUGAUAGUAGAGUGCCACGCCUAUUGUAUACUUGAUAUCAUUUGUUUGAAUCAAUAAGAACUCUGUGACCAUGGCCGGUAUUCAAUCAAUUAAUUGCAGAUAGUGACUUUUCAGAGGCCAGGUCCCUCUCCAAAAUGUAUCAACUGUAUGUGAAAUUAUAUAUUAGUGACUUAUGUUUAUGUUAGGUUUGGACCUUUGUAAUUGUACAUAACAUGAACUAAAACAACAUUGUGGCAAUUUGCUCAAGAAUGAAAUAAUUGCUUCUGUGAGAUUUAUGUUUCUUUAUUUUAUUGAUUAUUAGAUGAUUGCAAGAGCACACACACACAUACAGAUAACAAUGUAAAAUUGUAAUAAAAUUAACAUAGGGCUAAUUUGGACUGCAGAAGAUCCAUGUUAUAGCGUGAUUGACAUUUAAAGGCAAUUUCCGAUUGGAUUGACAUUUGCAGCGUUUACCGUGAAUGCAGUCUCUGAGAAACGUGGGAACACUGCCUUUAAAUGUC